GUCCAGAUUCUAUAUGCGAAAAGAAGAUCAAACAUUCAAAGAUCAGCAUCUGUACAGAUAUCUUUUUCAAUCUGAACAAAUAGAAAACACAAACAACUAAUAUUUGCCUUCCUGCUGUCAUGGAGAAAGUCCAGUACCUCACCCGCUCUGCCAUAAGAAGAGCUUCAACUAUUGAAAUGCCCGAACAAGCACGUCAAAAUCUCCAGGAACUCUUUAUAAAUUUUUGUCUCAUAUUAAUAUGUCUCUUGCUUAUAUGCAUCAUUGUGAUGCUUCUCUGAAGUUCUGGUACUACUUCCAAUUCCACUACUGAUCAGUGUGGAUAUGAAACCUAUUAUGCGACAAGGAGAAGAAACUGAAACUGUACAAGCAACCAUUUUCUGGGUGCAAGAAUAUCCCCAUGAAAAGGAUGUAAACAAUCAGCCAAUAUAUUCUCCUGCUGCAUCUAUUAAACUUGGAAAACAUUUCUUUCAAAAAGUUAUUUAAAAAAGCAAUAGUCUAAUUAUGCAUGAUGUAACUUUACUUAUUAGGCACUGCUUAUAAAAAGGCUUUGUUUUCUAAUUUACACUAUUGGUAAAAUGUGCUUUAUAUUCAAACCAACUAUUUCACUGUUUGGGGGUCUGUGUAAUUUACAUUUUAUUGUUAUAUUCAUCAGAUAUUAGAUUCUUCAGUGCUUUGAAAACAAUUAACAAAAGUAGCGAUUCAAAAUCAUGCUUCAUUCAAAAAUGGAGAGCUUCUUAUAAUCACUUCAACUUUCUAUUCAUAAAAUUGUAGGUAUACCUUCAUUUUUGUUAUUGCUUAGAAUCACACACUUCCAAAAUAAAAAAAAAUUUUAAUGAAAUAUAUUAAAAUAGAAAACUAGAUUUUAUUCCACACUGCACUUCACCCCUAUUUAAAGAAAGGGUACAAUAACAAAGAAAGACUGUAAAGUCCUAAAGUUAGCUUACAUUUAAAAGUUCUCUAUUACUUGCAGCUCCAAUUAACUGAACACAACUAUGCCUUAGGAAAUGAGUAAUUCAUAUUUUUAGGUCAAUCGAAUCUAUUCUUCUUUCCUAAGGUGUUAUGUUCUGGUAGAUAAGGCGGAACAAGUCAGACAGAGUGAUUAGCUUUGACAAAGGAGAUGUUCUCAAAACAUUACUUCAAGGUAUUUCUGCCAAAGCCUACAACUGAGACAUAGGUUCAUUGAGUAACAUAUACAUCACAAAGAAAAAAGAAAGAAAAAGAUAAAAGAAAAUAAGACGUCACGUGUAUCAGUAUAAAUUGUCCCAGAUUUUUAAAAAUGAAAGAUUAGCUAUUUUAUUCCACAUACACUUAUUACACUAAACUUCUAUAGAAUAUUAACAUUCCACCCCAUAUAUUUCUUAAGGUGGGAUAUAUUAUUAGUAGUUCAUAACUAAGAGAGAUUAAUUAAGCUCCUCUUUAACAUAAAAUAGUUCAACUGAAUUCAGCAUCUAUAGGCACAAUAAGGUGAAAGGAGGACAAAGUAGAGGGGGUUUUUAAUUUGUUCUUCUGGUUGAAAAGCAAUUUUUUUUUAAAUCUUUAAGAAAAUUAAGUUCUUUAAACCAUGAUAAAUUGAUCACUACAUUCUAUGCCUUAUACAUUAAUACUUUAAAAUUUUUAAACUGGGAUUUUAUAUUUAUUAGUGCAAAAUAAAGUUUUUUUUUAACUUCUAUACCUUUGAGGCAUAUUCAUAAACCAGCUAUUUUUGUGGUUUUAAAAUAGGUCAACUGCUAAAUAAUUAAUUCCUGUCCAAAACACAUAACAGCUUUAUUAUAGGUGCAGAGCUCCUACAAAAAGCUUUGACAAUAUUUUUUCUGUGGGAAAACUGCUUGAUCCAAUGGAAAUAGAAAAUUCUUGGAUUUUUACAAUGUAUAAAAUAAGCAUAGGAAAUAACAGCAGCAUCAGGAAAAAUACAUUUACAUUAAGCAGUGCAACAGAAACUAGUCAUGUAGUGACAUCUGUUGGUGUAGUGAAAUAUUGGGCACGGAGUCAGAAGACUUGAAUUCCCAUCUCCUUUCAACUAACAUGCUCGUUAGCUAUGUGACCUCAGAAUGAAGAUUAACUAUUUUGAUUCAUCUUAGAAAAUAUAAGUUAAUGGCUCAGUGCUGAUUGAGGGUUACGAACAGGCUAAACUGAUCUUGUAAACUAAGUGUAAACUCUAAAAUGUUAAGCUGUUUUCCUUCCAAAUGAUUUGUUCACUGUGUUGACAUUAAGUUUAUUUUCUUAAUAUUUGAGAAGAAUUCAUUAUAGUUUCUCUCUCCUAAGGAAAAGUUCUCCUUUUAUUUCCUCUCAUGAGUAUAAAAUGAAGUUAUACUAUUAAAAACCAUAGAAUAUUAUACCUUCUACACAGAAACUAAUUCCUUCAAAUGAAAUUCUUAAGAUCUUAUACACAGUGAUUCAAUGAUAAACUAUGUAAGGGAAAACAAGAAAGGUGUUGCAUUAAAAAAUGAUAAGAUAACAGAUUAUAAUUACAAUAUUAUUCAGGAAGAGAAAAUUCUAACUUUACAGUCUGAUUAAUAUUUUUAGAGAAUUAACUAAUUUUAAAGACCAUUUUGUAUCAUUUAUAUUAUGGUUGGUUAAAAACUGUAUCUGAUAGCUAAAUACGAUGUUUAAUACAAAUAGUCAUAAUCACCUACAUAAAAAAACAAUGUUUUUUAAAUUAAUUACAUUGUUUCAUUGUAAAGACAAUCUAAAGUACUGAAGGUAGACUUGGCUUUGGAGGGUUGUUUUAAAUACUGGAUAGCAGCAGCAGCAAUUAGAGUCACAAUUACAACCUACAGUCACAAGAGGGCAGACUUCUAUAAAAUAUAGGAUGAUUUCCCCCUAAUAACUGUACCUGAACUUGUGCUACUAAAUAAACACUCAUUAUUGUAAACCAA